CCCCUUCCCUUUUCCUGCAGGCUGUUGCUUACCGUCAGAUGUCCCUGCUGCUGCGCCGCCCCCCCGGUCGUGAAGCUUACCCCGGAGACGUCUUCUAUCUUCAUUCCCGUCUUCUUGAGAGAGCCGCCAAGAUGAACGAUAACUUCGGCGGCGGCUCGCUCACAGCGCUGCCCGUCAUCGAGACCCAGGCCGGAGACGUGUCUGCUUACAUUCCCACCAACGUCAUCUCCAUCACUGACGGACAGAUCUUCUUGGAGACCGAGCUGUUCUACAAAGGAAUCCGUCCGGCCAUCAACGUCGGUCUGUCUGUGUCCCGAGUCGGAUCUGCUGCUCAGACCAAAGCCAUGAAGCAGGUGAGACUGACCUGGGAUCAGCUGUCACAUUUCAUCACUAGAGAUGUCACGAGAACAAAACAUUUGGUACAAGAUAGAUGCCAACAUUGCCAAUGUUUCAGCCCUGCAGAGAUGCUGCAGAUAUGGAAAGAGCUCACACAUGGAAUAACUGAAGAUAAAAUGACAUCGAAGGCCAAUCAGGACUCUUCUGCUUACAACAUGAUGUCAGCUAAAGUCACCGGGAGGCCGAGCGGUGACCAUCAGUCUCCUCGCAGCGCAGAAUGGUAG